AACAAUAAACCCUCCCCCUUCUCUCUCCGCUACUCCUCUCUGGUGGUGGUGGAGGUGGGCGUGGCGCGAGUGGGAGUAAUGAUCGCCUUGAGAGCCAUCGCUAGGGUUCUCUCCUCCUCUUCUCCUCCGCCUCCUUCUACUUCUAAGAUUCUUAGCUCUCAUCUAUAUCGAUCCUGCCUCUCUCGAACCUUCGCCGCCCGCGCCCUACGCCAAACCCCCGCCCCCGCCCCCGCCGACUCCGACGCCGACCUCCCCUCCGCUGACUUCGACAGCUCCGCCUUCUCCCUUCCCACCCAGGCUCCGACCGCCCCCAAGAGGCCGAUCUGGGACGAGGCCCACCGCGCGAGGGCCGACGAGGUUCUUUUCGGGAAGGCGGCCGCUCAGAGCCGGAGCCACCCGGAAGUGGUGGAGGACGAGGACGAGGACGAGGAGAGGGAGAGGUCCACCAGGCUUGCCAGGGCUCUUCUUGAGGCGGCGCUGGGUCAGCCCGAUGAGGACGAGGAAGAGGACAUGGUGGUCAAGGAGGAGGAUCAGCGGUCGCUCUCGGUCGGGAUCAUUGGUGCGCCCAAUGCUGGCAAGUCUUGCCUGACGAACUUUAUGGUUGGAACAAAGGUUGCUGCUGUCUCACGGAAGACUAAUACAACUACUCAUGAAAUUUUAGGAGUGAUGACGAAAGGAAAUACUCAAAUAUGUUUCUUUGAUACACCAGGUCUCAUGAUAGGCCAACAUGGAUACCCUUACAGGACUGAUGUUAAAGUUCGUGUAGAAAGUGCUUGGAGCUCUAUUGGACUAUAUGAUCUGUUGAUAAUGAUGUUUGACGUACAUAGGCAUCUGACCAUGCCUGACACAAGGGUGAUCAAGUUGAUUAAACAAAUGGGAGAAAAGGUUCACUCUAAGCAAAAGCGGGUGUUAUGCAUGAACAAAGUUGAUCUUGUAGAAGACAAGAAAGACUUGCUAAAAGUUGCCAAAGAAUUUGCAGAUCUUCCUGGAUAUGAUAAGUACUUUAUGAUAUCUGGAUUAAAAGGUUCAGGAAUCAAAGACCUUGUUCAGUAUCUGAUGGAUCAGGCAGUUAAAAGACCUUGGGAUGAAGACCCCACCACCAUGAGUGAAGAAAUAAUGAAAACUAUAUCACUGGAGGUUGUGCGGGAAAAGAUGCUAGAUCAUAUUCAUCAGGAAAUUCCUUAUGUUAUUGAACACCGGUUGAUGGAUUGGAAGGAACUAAGAGAUGGUUCCCUUAGGGUGGAGCAACACUUCAUCACACCAAAACCGAGCCAGCGCCAGAUUCUUGUUGGAAAAAAUGGCUCUAAAAUUGGGAGAAUAGGCAUUGAAGCCAACGAAGAGUUGAGAUCAAUAUUUAAGAGAAAUGUUCAUCUCAUCCUCCAAGUUAGGGUAGCUCGAAAAAGGAAUGCAUGAAUAUCUCAUUGUUUCUAUGCAAGACACCCGAAACGUGAAUCCAGAAGGUUGUUAAUGCACACACUACUUGAACAGGGCAUCGAGUGAUAAAGCAGCUCACUGUGAUUCCAGUCUGCAAAGAACUCAUCCUCUCUUUAGCUGAAGCGAACCUGCUCUCGAAUUGAACUUCCAGUGUGAGGAUUUCCAGAUAUGCUAUCAAACUUGCAUGGAUUCAAGCUCAUAGACUGCUUUCGGAUGCCUGUCGAGAUUCCCCCAUCUUGAUAUCUACAGCUUGAGUUUUGUUUCUACAGCCCGGCUUCAAUUCCACAUCCAUGUAAAAUGCCAAAAUUAAUAAUCUUACCAUGUAGCAUGCUCUUGUUUCAUUUUUUUUCCUUACGGAAUGGAACAAUCAUGUUGUUCUGUUAUUUAUGUUGGAUAUAAUGGUGUUUAUCUUCUCCCACAUGGUUGUAAUGGAGGCAUUUAAACUCA